GUCAAAAGGUGACGUCUUGGAAACAAGGAAGGUCAAAUAAGAAUUUAUUUAUUCUGUUUACUUAUAAUUUUAGAUUUUCCCAUCUAGUUUGAUAGUAAUUAUCAGUGAUAACGUUGAACCAAUUGAACCGACCUUGUUUCCUUCGACUUUGAAAUCUGUUCAAUCAAAAUGGCGGAAUCCAUCAAAGUGGUUGUAACUGGAGCUGCUGGGCAAAUUGCUUAUUCUCUACUAUACAUGAUUGCAAAAGGGGAUGUAUUUGGGCAAGAUCAACCCUUGAUUCUGCACCUUCUUGAUAUACCACCCAUGAUGGGGGUCCUUGAAGGUGUAGUUAUGGAACUGGAAGAUUGUGCUUUCCCAUUAUUAAGACAAGUUGUUGCAACGGCUGAACCUGAUGUUGCAUUCAAUGAUGUAUCUUCAGCUUUUUUGGUGGGCGCAAUGCCAAGAAAACAAGGGAUGGAACGUAGAGAUUUGCUUGCAGCAAAUGUCAAAAUCUUCAAAGUACAAGGUGAAGCCAUUGACAAAUUUGCUAGAAAAGAUGUGAAAGUUUUAGUUGUUGGUAAUCCAGCAAAUACUAAUGCCUUAAUUUGUUCUAAAUAUGCACCAUCUAUUCCAAAGGAAAAUUUCACUGCAAUGACUAGAUUGGAUCAAAACCGAGCCCAGGCACAAAUUGCAGCAAAAAUUGGCGUCCCUGUUUGCAAUGUUUCUAAUGUAAUAAUUUGGGGAAAUCAUUCAUCAACUCAAUUCCCAGAUGGUUCUCACUCUGCUGUAGAAAUAAAUGGUUCAAAGAAACCUGUGCCAGAUGUUUUGAAAGAUGAUAAUUGGCUCAGAAGCACCUUUGUUGAAACAGUUCAGAAACGUGGUGCUGCUGUAAUUAAUGCUAGAAAAAUGUCUUCAGCUAUGUCUGCUGCUAAAGCUGCAGGUGAUCACAUGAGGAACUGGUUCAAGGGCACAGAACCUGGAAAGUUUGUUUCAAUGGGAGUUGUCAGUGAUGGAGCUUAUGGGGUACCAAAAGAUAUUGUAUUUUCUUUUCCAGUUACAAUUGAGAAUAAAAAUUGGAAGAUUGUUCCAAACUUACCUAUCAAUGACUUUGCAAGAAAAAUGCUGGACACCACUGCUAAGGAAUUGGAAGAAGAACGCACUGAAGCUAUCUCUAUAAUUGAAGCAUGACUAGUUAGCAAGCUAUGAACGCUUAUAAAAAAUGAAUAUUUUCUAUUCAAAGUAAAAUAUCCAACCCGAAAAAUACUCUUAUGGAAAUUACAUUACUGAAGAUUUUUAAAGCACAAAUUUAUAUAUUCAAAAUAUUGAAUUUUUUUCAAAUUGUAUAUAAUAUUUCGUAUUGUGAAUAGAAAAAAGAUAUUAGGUGAAGGAAUUCCGUGAAACUAUAUAAGGUUUAUGAAGAGCAAAAUAUAUCUGAAUUAAAAAAUUUUCAAUAAA